AUGGGGAAAGCGACGUUGCAAGACCCUCACGGGGGCAUCUGGUACUUUGCCUACGGCUCUAACCUACGCCUAUCUGUGCUAGAGAAUAGGGGCAUUAAAGCGCUGGAUAUCAAGGCAGUGGUUGUCCCCUCGCACUACCUGACUUUCGACAUCUUCGGCAUCCCGUACGCGGAGCCUUCGUUUGCGAGCGUCGCCCCUUUUGCACCAGACAAGAAAACAACAAUACGACUGGGCGACUCACCCGUUCGUCGCGACGUUCCUCCUGUUCAGGGUCUCGCCUAUCUCUUGAAUCCGAACGAUUACCGCCAGUUAGUCAUCAGCGAAGGCGGCGGAGUGGCCUACGACGAGAUCGAGGUCCAUGCCUCGAUCCUCGACGAGGACGGCAAACCGCACCCAAGCAAUAUCUUGAUCGCUCGAACCUUGCAAGCUAAGUAUCCCUGGCGACCCAACGGUGCACCCAGUGCGCGCUACCUGGGCCUCAUCUCCACAGGAUGCAAACAGAAUAAGCCGCUCACAGCAUACCGCGCCUAUGUCGACUCCUUACCGUCGUAUGAGCCUCCGACAUCCUUGCGCGCGAAGUUGGGAGGUCUUCUUUUCCUACUGUUUUGGCGCCCGCCGCUUCGUGUGUUGAUUCGACUCAUCAGGGUGCAUACCGACAGUGACGGACACUGUCCACAGUGGCUGGGUUGCAUAAUUCUGACCCUGUAUGGGCUGAUGUGGUCAUAUCAUGACAACAUCCACUCAAAGAUCUGGGGGCGAGGCGAUGGCCGGAAAUUACAUUUUGAAGAGACUACGGGGGAGAAACUGCUACAGUUCAGUUAG